AUGUUCCCCGAUGUGAUCUCGUCGGGUACCCCACCAGUGGAGUCACCUACAUCAAUAGAUGCUCACCGCCAACGUGAGAUCAGGUGGAUGGCCCUCUUACCUAUGGUACCGCCAUCUCAAGCACGCAGGAACAAGAAGGUCAAGCGUCUUUUGUUGGACGGAGUACCUUCGUCGGUACGAUACUUGGUGUGGUGUCAUCUCAGUGACAGUAAAGCUCGCGCGAUUCCUGGCGUAUAUGGGCAGCUUGGCAAGAGGCAAAGAGUCCCUGCCUUUUCCGAUAUCGAGAAUGAUGCAAAAACAUAUUUCCCUGAUCAAACACAACUGCAUCCUUUCGAUGGCCCUUUAGUAUCACUCUUGCAAGCCUAUCUCAAUAUGGUGCCAGAUAUCCAAUAUAGCUCAGGGCUGACUUCCAUAGCUGGUCAUCUGCUGUUGCUAUCACCCGAAGAAGAUGCUUUUUGGAUAUUCGCUUCGAUGAUGGAUGCCCAUCUUCGUCCGUACUUCUCGGCAAAUACCAUCCAGUUGGAAGUCGAUGCUGCAUUGCUCAGCAAAGCCAUCGAAACUAAUGAUCCUGCUGUGUGCAAAAAGCUGUAUGUCACAUUUAGCAUCCCCCCUAGUGCGAUAGCGAAGUCUUGGUUUUCUACUCUAUUUGUCGGAACACUGCCCAUUGAUUAUCUUCACCGUGUCUGGGACAUUUUCUUGUAUGAAGGCGUCACUGUUUUGUUUCGUGUUGGGCUCGCGCUCGUUCAAUGCGUGCGACAUCUGCUCUUGCAAGCGACAUCGGAAGAAGCUGCUAUGGAAUACCUUGUUCAUCCACCUCUCGCAUGCUUACCCUCGACAGCAGACGCAUUCCUUAAUCAAGUCCUAAUGAUGAAGCUAAAAGAUGACGAUGUUCGAAAACAACGUAUCAAAAUGGAAGCACAAGUCAAGCGCCAAACUCAGUCCCGUACCAAUGGUUCUUCAGGCAUGCAGACUGCAUCCAUAUCUCUCCCGAAAACUUUCUAA